UACUGCUACUACUCCGACAAGCUCCCCAAACAGCUCCCCUCCGACCUCUUCCUCGUUGGAGCCUCCUCGCAAUUUGUCCGAUUGCCGUCCCGAUUUGAUUGCAAUGCGUCCGUGGUUUGAUGAUCCUCUGCAGUUACUCCCCGUCGUGACUCAUGAGAGCUCUUUUCGCCAAUCUCUUCGCUGUCGAAUUGUUUAGGUUUCGGAUUUCAGUUCCUCGUUUGGUUCGUUGCGCAAGGUGAGAGAGCCGAUCAUGGCUUCCUCUGUUGCAGCUGCCAACUCAGUUCUGCCUCUCGAUCAGGAAGGAGAGGAUGAGUUUGACGCCCUUCCGAAUGUCCUCACGCCUCGCGGUUACCAGAUCGAGGCGCUGGAGCGAGCGAAGAAGGAGGAUAUAAUCGUGUAUCUGGAGACAGGAUGUGGGAAAACGCAUGUAGCUGUGAUGCUGCUGCAGCACAUUGCUGAUCUCAUUCGAAAGCCCAGCACACGAAUUGCCGUCUUUCUUUGUCCCUCUGUGCCUCUCGUUCAGCAGCAAGCCAGAGUGGUUAAAAGAUAUACGAACUUCAAAGUGGGGGAAUAUUAUGGAGAGGUGAAUAACAACGCGUGGAACUCUAAAGCCUGGGAGGCGGAACUUGAAAAUACGGAGAUAUUUGUAAUGACUCCGGCAAUUCUACUACAUAAUCUGCAUCAUUGUUUUAUGAGAAUGGACUGCAUAGAGCUCCUCAUUUUUGACGAGUGUCACCAUGCACAUAGUCAUCACCCCUAUGCAAACAUAAUGCAGGAAUUUUACCAUGGCAAGGAGGAUUUAUAUCGGCUCCCUCGGAUACUAGGAAUGACUGCGUCCCCUAUUAAUGGAAAAGUUAAUUGUCAAGGGGAUUCCAUCAGAACAAAAAUUGAUAAAAUCGAGCGUAUGCUACACGCAAAGUUGCACACCGUGAAAGAGAGUUCAGAGUUAGAUCUUGUAGUUCCCCGUCCUCAUCAUAAAUCGGAAUAUUAUGAAUCUGCUCAAACGCCAAAUCCUGUAACUCUGAAGUUCUGCCAGCUACUCUUUGAUCUGCAAAAGGAGUGUAUAGGGACCCUCUUGGGUACUUCGGGAUGUGAAGGGGAGCUACUUGGUGAGCUGUGCAGUGGUGUGGAAAAGAAAAGGGUAAAAAAUGUGAAGAAGCUUUGCAAUUCCCUAGGCUAUUGUGCAACUGAGCUCGGUCCUCGGUGCGCCUAUGAAGCAGUGAAAAUCCUCCUUCAUAAGUAUGACAGUGACUGCGACCCUGAGUUAGAUUCGAAUUCAGAGGGCAAGAAAGAUAUGCUUCGCAAAAUACUCAACGCUCUAAACUCGUUUUUAUCCAAAGAAGUCGAAGCAACUUCCUGUGCUGUGCCUGAUGGAGCAGCCAACAUACAGAAUCUUUCCUCUAAAGUCCAGUUGUUGAUUAACGUCCUAGAACGUUGCAGGGAUACAAACGAGAUGAGGUGCAUUAUCUUUGUAGAGAGAAAAAUCACGACUCGCGUCCUGGCCAGCCUGUUGAGCAGCAUUGAAGUUCUAUCACCUGCGUUUCGUUUCCAGUCACUUGCUGGAAAAAAUUCAGGAUCGAAUGAUAUGAACCAUAAGCAUCAGCAAAAUGUUGUGGAAUCCUUUCGAAACGGCGAGGUGAAUGUGUUGGUGUCAACAAAUGUAGCAGAAGAAGGUCUCGACAUUCAAAAUUGCCAUCUGGUUAUUCGAUUUGAUCUUCCAAAUACACCCUGCAGCCUGAUUCAAUCCAGGGGCCGAGCUCGUUGUCUGAAGUCUACUAUCAUAUAUCUUAUUGAGAGGGGUAACAAUGAGCAAAGCCAGCGACUCGAGCAGUUCUUGUUGACUGAGGAAUCUAUGAAAGAGGAAGUCCUGAGCCGGAUUAAAAAUGCUGAGGAUGUUGGAGCACCUGAAACUUCAACGAUCGAAACUUUCCGAGUUGAGAGUACCGGAGCAACGAUGAGCACACUUUGUAGUGUUUCUUUACUACACCAGUAUUGUGCACGACUUGCCCACGAUAGCUUCUACACGCCAACUCCCCAGUUUAGUUACAGUGAGGAUGGUUCGGGAGUAAAAUGUACUAUCAAGCUUCCUACAGAUGCGUUAGUUCAAAGUGUGGAAGGGCGGCCAGUUUCUUCUCAAGCUGAUGCAAAACGGGUUGCUUGCUUGAUUGCUUGCGAGCGCCUUUACGAUGCUGGGGCUCUGACUGAGUUGCUUCUCCUCAAGUCCAAGGAGAAUGCGUAUUCUCUUGACGCUAUUGCUCCAGAAUCAAAUUCAACUACAGGGAGAGAUCCACUUCCGUCACGCUCAAUAAUUGUUCCAGAUGCUUUCAGUGGUACCUGGGGAUCCGGGCUCAACAGCGUUGAGUUACAUGCUUAUGCGAUAUCCUUCGUAGCCACUCCCAAUGACAGAGCUUACGUAAAUUUUGGAUUAUUUUUGGAAGCAGACAUGGGACCUGAGGCUGGGUCUAUUGAAGUGGAAUUGCAGCUCAGUAACAGAAGACUAGUGAAUGCUAAAUGCUCACCCUGUGGAACUAUUCUUUUUGAACCUGAUCAGCUACGGAAUGCUAAAUCGUUCCAAGAGCGUAUCUUCAGUUCUGUCCUAGAUCAAAAACCGCCUGUUCCCAAUAUCGAACUUUCUGGCGAGUGGAAUUCCAAUCGCUUGUAUCUUCUACUUCCCCUGAAGGAGAAACAAGACGCACUUCCCCUGUCAAUUGACUGGGAUUGUAUUGAAGAUCUGAUUUCAGACGUGAUGAAAGGAUAUAAUACUCUUGAAGAGGUUCCUUCAGAGAUUCCUAGAAGUUCAUUGCUCAGAUUGAUCGAUGGAUAUUUUCCAGUUGAACAUGUGACAAACUCACUGAUCCAAACUGAGCACACGGGUAAACGGUGCCUUUAUUGUGCAAGGGAGUUGAUUCCUGAUAUGAAUGGUCAGAGUCCCAUGAUCAUGAAAGUUUCCAAAUACAACUCUUAUUCAGAUUAUUAUUUGAAAAAGCACAAUAGGACAUUGAAUUUUGUUGAGCAACCAAUGUUGAAGGCCAAACCACUGAUUCAGGUUAAUAAUCUCUUGACUCAGCGCACCACAAGCGAGCGCCCAGCUGCAGAAGAGCAGAAGACCGAGUCGUUAGUGGAACUGCCACUUGAGCUUUGCAAAAUAAUGGUUAAGGGCCUCUCCUGUGCAUUGACUAACGGAAUCUCGCUGUUACCCUCUUUUAUGCAUCGUCUUGAAGGACUUCUUCUUGCUGUACAGUUUCGGAAAAGCCUUCCAUCCCCCCACUCGUCUCCAGUGCCCGCAAAUCUGAUGCUGGAAGCAAUUACAACAAGCAAGUGUCAAGAGAGCUUCAGUUUAGAAGGUUUAGAGUUACUAGGGGAUGCCUUCCUCGAGGUUUCUGUCAGUGAGCGUCUUUUUCUUCUCCACAACAGAUUGGACGAAGGCGAACUGUCGAAGCGACGCACGAAUCUUAUAUGCAAUAAGAUGCUAGAGAGACUUGGCAGAGAGCGAGGUAUCAUGAACUACAUACGAGAUACUCAAUUCUCGCCAAAAGAGUGGGCAACACCUGGGCGCGUUCGUGAGACACAGUGUAAAUUACCACCCUUGCAAGGAAAGACCAUAGCUGAUGUGUUUGAAGCCCUUAUUGGUGCUCAUUAUAUUCAUGGCGGUGUGGAAGCCGCACAGGCCAUGAUGGGAUGGCUUGGUUGUGAAGUUGGUGUUUCUUCUAGUAUCAGGGAAGAAGCCCGAACUCGCGUACACGGGCAAUUGGAGCUUCUGUCAGAAGCUAAGGUUUCCGAAUUAGAGAUACUGUUAAAUUAUAAGUUUCAAAACAAGGGUCUGCUAGUGGAAGCACUGACGCAUGCCUCAUGUCGUCGUCACAGUGGUGAUUGUUAUCAGAGGCUGGAGUUUUUAGGAGACGCUGUGCUUGAUUUCCUGAUUACCAAGCACUUCUAUGCGAACUCGGCAAAUUUGAAACGGGACCCUGGAUUGCUCACAGACUUGCGGUCGGCCGCUGUGAACAACGAGUGCUUUGCACGAGUGGCUGUACGGCAUAACCUUCAUCUAUACCUGCUUCACAAUUCAAGUGAUCUUGCUGCCAGGGUGGAUAAGUACGUGCAUGGUUCUACGACUGAUGCUCAGUGUCAUGGCUGGAACGGUGAUAGUGGUCCCAAAGUGUUGAGCGAUUUAGUGGAGUCGUUAGCAGGAGCAGUGUUUUUGGACUCUGGCUAUAAAUUGGACACUGUAUGGAACGUUUUCAAGCAACUCCUAAAGCCUUUGGUUACACCAGCAACGCUGCGGCUUGAACCCAUUCGUGAGCUGUGGGAGUUGUGUCAAACUGAAAAGUUUGGUGAACCGAAUUACAAGAAGAAACGGGAAGCCAUGGGAGACUUCGACAUGACUGUUACAGUUGAAUUGAAAGAUGAGACGAUUACGGGAGUUGGUCGUAAGCCAGAUGAGAAGAGUGCGAGGAAAGUUGCUGCGAUCCAGGCUCUUGAAACUCUUAAGACGCUUGGCUAUGAACAUGGUUCAAGGCGACUAGAGCGGGCAGCUUUAUAUGCCAGAAAGUUCUCGGAUCUGGUCGAUGUUCCCGAAGAAAGGUGUCAUUCUCUAGUCUUCGUUGACGAAGGUACGUCAAUUUUGAAGAAUACCGUUGAGAUUGCUGGAGGCAAGUGUGCAACAAAAGUUGUCGACUUUGCUCCGGCCGUUCCCGAUCCGAACUCUAAACAAGAUGGGAACCCUCAAACAACCAAGGGGGAACAUUUACCUAUUGUUGAUAAGCAACUCCAAUUUACUCCUCCAACUGAAUCGGCAGAAAAAUCAUUCGAAGCAGAAUUUGUCUCAAGCUCUUCACAGCCUGAAGUUUCUUCCACUUCAGGGCAGAAGGAUCCACCUGUGACUGAGAACAGCGACUUCCAGAAACUUUGUGAAGAAGUCAAGAAAUCUGUUACCAUGAGAAAUAAUUACUUUUCUUCUGGUCCUUCGACCCCGAAUUCGGUAACAGCGUCAACUGCUGUAACUCCUGUGCAAUUCUCACACAGCACAUCCUCGACGGUCGUACCAACUCUGGGCUCGAGGUCCUAUGGUGUGCCUAAUCAGCCGCGGGUUUUAGGUCAUGCUACCUUUGCUGGAAUUACUUUCGUACCGACUGAUCCGUACUCUGGAUUCCCGUCGUCACAUGCUGGGGUGGAUGAUGGUUAUAGCAAACAGACAUCUUCAGCACCUCACCUUAGACCAGCACCAGAUGUUGGGUUGCGAUUGGUCAAAGGUGAAGCGCGGUCCUUGCUCAAUGCUAUGUGCAUGAAGCACCGGUGGGGGGAUCCAGUCUACACGUUGGUCUCGAAAGGAGGAGUUAGUCAUGCUCCUUUGUUUUUGUAUAUGGUCCAAACAACAAUCAUCUUGCGUGGACGAGCCUUUGAGAUCGACGCGGAGGGAGAAGUGGAAAGGGAUAUUAAAGGGGCCAAAGAUUCUGCUGCUGCACGGCUGCUGGAGUGGCUUGGAGAAGAAGGGUUUUUCAUCAGUUAAGUUUUCAGGCAAAGUGGACGUUGCAUAAUUGCAUGAAGUUACCCCUAUAAAGCCAUUCAAGAUGGUCAGGCACCCCUUUGAUAGAGAACACUCGGACUGUGCGGCGUUUAUCUUCAUGAUGAAACAGGAAAAUGUCAGGAAAAAGCUAUGCGUUUUCUCGUUUUGGCUCUUUGAGUCAUAUUAGCGACGUAUUUCCACAGACCAUUUUUGCAGCUGUGCGUGCUCCCUUAAAUCAUUUGCUCAUGCAACACUUUCAUCCAGAGAACCGAAUUCAAUUUGAUAUUUUUGUUGACAUAGUUUCCGAUUUGGCGGCACGGAGCAGAUAAAUGCCGGAGGGUGCUAAAAAGAAAUAGAACAGCUUGGAGAGAAGUAUGCGGACAAAGAAAGGUGCGCGUAGUCCCGUUACGUGUCAUAUUUUGUUUUGGGGAAGGGCGCAAAGCAUCCUUGUUCGCCCCUCCUCAGGCUGUCUCGCAGGUCAAGUGAGGUCAAAAUAGAAGCUUUUGCUUUGGUCUCAUUAAUUGGUAAACUGGACUCAGUUUAACAGAUUGGGCCUUUUGAUCUUCAGCUGAUCGAUCCACCUUGAGUCUCAGGACUCUCUUGUGUAAAUGAAGUGGUAUAAGAUACAUUAAACUCCAUCCAACCUAGUAAUAUCUUCCGAGUUUUCUUCAUUAAUUGAGCUUUACAGCCAGAUCACGGAAGUGGAGCUUACGUGGAGUAUAAGAGCGCCUAAUCAUAAUCCCUUUUAUCAUUGAACGAAGACCAUAUGCAGUUUCAACGUCCUUCCUCUAGCAUAAUUUAGGUUAUGCAAUGUUGGUGGGCGGCUUUUGAAGGGAAUGCUUCCAAAUAAAAUUUCUACGCAAACUGUUUUUUAAUGGUGACCCAGUGUAGAUUAGUCCCAAAGGAGACGGUGAAAAUUUAGCUUUCAACUUUGAAAAAGCCAGCUGCAAGUGUUGAGGUAAUGAUGAGUUAUGAUCAACGGAAUCUAGCUGGUAGUGUUUACCUGCAGUUCAUUAGUGUGGUCAAGUUUCAGUUAUGUUCUUUUGAAUGUGGGAGCUGACUCUUAUUUGCUUCAACUCCAAUGAGUUAUGCACUUAUGCUUGGGAUCACCAAUCGAUUUCUUGGAGACACGACACCACCGACCUGGUAGAGCAACAAAGACUUCUAGUGAGAAAAGUCUUUAUUUUGAGUGGACUUCUUCACCCUAGACCCUGUGUGAGAAGUCCUGUUAGAACUAGAAGUAGGGUUGCUGGGUUCACGGUUAGUGCAUGCACAAGUUGUGGAGGAUAAUAAAGUGAUUGCAGCGUAA